GGGGGAAGCUUGAACGUGGGGCGAUUGUUACUAUUAUUCAAGUCAACAACACCUACACCAGGCAUCUAACUAAUUCAUCAAUUCCAUUUCAACACAUCAAGAGAGGAACGCAUACCAAAUUCACGAAUGAUAACAAACUCGGUGAAGAUAUAAUACAAGCCAGCUUGGCACACUCUCCAUCCUUCAACACCAUCGUCUCCUUUCUUUCUUUGAUUAUCUGGCAAACAUGGCAUCUGCUGUCUUCUUCCUCGAUUUAAAGGGCAAGACCCUUCUUGCCCGUAAUUAUAGAGGAGAUAUUCCCAUGUCCGCGGUUGAGAAGUUUCCAAUACUUCUGAGUGAAGCAGAAGAAGAGAGUUCCGCCGUUCCACCAUGUUUCUCAGACGAAGGAAUAAAUUAUCUAUACAUCCGCCAUAAUAACCUCUACCUCCUCGCCCUCACUAAACGCAAUACCAAUGCCGCCGAAAUCCUCCUCUUCCUGCACAAAAUAGUCGAAGUCUUCACCGAAUACUUCAAAGAACUUGAAGAAGAAUCCAUCCGAGACAACUUCGUCAUUAUUUAUGAACUCUUGGACGAAAUGAUGGACUUUGGAUAUCCACAAACCACCGAAUCGAAAAUCCUCCAAGAAUACAUUACGCAAGAAUCACAUAAAUUAGAGAUCCAAGCCCGUCCACCUAUAGCGGUUACGAACGCAGUAUCAUGGAGAUCGGAAGGAAUUCGGUACAGGAAGAAUGAAGUUUUCCUUGAUGUUGUUGAAUCACUCAAUUUACUCGUAUCGUCGAAUGGAAACGUGUUGAGGUCCGAGAUUUUAGGUGCCAUUAAGAUGAAGUGUUACCUGUCCGGUAUGCCAGAAUUGCGAUUAGGUCUUAACGAUAAAGUAAUGUUUGAAACCACUGGACGCGCAACUCGAGGGAAGGCCAUUGAGAUGGAAGAUGUGAAGUUCCAUCAAUGUGUUCGUCUUUCACGGUUCGAAAACGAUAGAACUAUCUCCUUUAUUCCACCCGAUGGAGAAUUCGAAUUGAUGUCCUACCGUCUGAAUACUCAAGUCAAACCAUUGAUCUGGGUUGAAUGUAUCGUGGAAUCGCAUUCUGGAUCAAGAAUCGAAUAUAUGCUCAAAGCGAAAGCGCAAUUCAAACGUCGCAGCACAGCCAACAACGUCGAGAUUACAGUUCCAGUCCCAGAAGAUGCCGACUCCCCCCGUUUCCGCACAAAUAUUGGAUCCGUUCAUUACGCACCAGAAAAGUCGGCGAUAGUAUGGAAAAUCAAACAAUUUGGAGGCAGUAAAGAAUUCCUCAUGAGAGCAGAGUUAGGACUACCGAGUGUGAAGGGUGAUGACGAACAUGGAGGUGGUAUGACAGGAGGAUUUGGCGGAAGUAUGGGUGGUGUUGGAGGCAAAGGGGCAAAGAGACCUAUCAGUGUGAAAUUUGAGAUUCCUUAUUUUACGACAAGUGGUAUUCAAGUCAGGUACCUGAAGAUCAUUGAGCCAAAGUUACAAUACCCAUCCCUCCCCUGGGUUCGCUACAUCACCCAAUCAGGGGAUAUAGCAGUCAGACUUCCUGAUGUAAGCUAAGAAGGCUGAGAUUAUUUUGACAUUGAUAUAUUCACAAUCGAAAGAAUAAAAAUUCGGAAUGGAAAAGAUAAGAUAGAUAGAUUGGGAGGUAGGGAGGAGUGUAGCAAUUCUGCAUCAUCAGGCGCCACUGCUAUGGUCCGGGGUUGGACUUGUUAUUGAUGAGUUAAAUAGAACUUUUUUCGCCAUAUCUUGGACCGAUCAAAUCUUGAUAUUUUUAUGAGCUUUCUUUAUUAUCUUUUGUAUGACAGUUAAGGCUACUAGAAUGCUUGUUGGAACCACAUCGAAAUGAUUGUUCACUACAUUUACGUAUGCCACUUCAUUGACGCCUAGGUGGUAUGUGUAAUAUGAACUGAAUUCUACA